AUGCCCUCGGCGACCGCCCACGGCAAUGUGUCUGCUAGCUCACCGGAGGAAACGAGGCGUACCGUCGACUCGGACUGUCCUCUCUUUAACUGCUUCGGUGUGCUGAGUGGCGGUGUCAUCAUUGACCCGAUCGAUGAGUCGUUCGUGGAGUUUACGAGCUCCGUUGUGUACACGCCCAGCACAAUGGCUGUGGACGACGACACAGAACACAGCACGCACGACAACCUCGCACGUCGGACUCUGCAACAGGCAAACGAGCACGUCUUUCGCACCGGCGAGACACACCUAAUUCGACCAGAAUGCCCGCUGACUGUGUGCACCUCUGAACUACCUCUACCCCCUAGCGGCUCUGAUCCUUGCCCGAAGCGCUUUACAUGUCGCACAAGCUCCUUCAGCGCCGCGGGCAGCACAGGGCCAACAGUCACGUCACCGCGUCACGCAGUGAAGAUAGGGAUGGAUAACGUCAAUAGGUGGUUGAGCCGGUUGGCGACGCGUCCCGGUCACCAAGGACAGUCGCCGAAGUGCCAAGCGUGGAGGACAGUAUGGACCGACGCGGAAGAGCUCCGACUCUUCAUGCGGUCACACCGCGACGUGCGCGGCAGCGGGGUCUCUCUCUACCUCCCACCACGCCUUCCGUUUCCACUGCGCUUCCGCGGCCAGCCCAUUUCGCUCGUCGAGGACGUAGAAAGUCAACCAGCCACCGGCACCCAGCAAUGCCCGCCAGAUCUCGAGGCGAACAGCGCGGCAGCAGUUCCACCAGACGGUGUGCGUUGUGUGGCCGCCUCCUUUACGUGUUACACAGGUGUUCCUCGUUUUGCCGCAGCGACGGACACCACACCACGAUUUGACGCGGUGGAGUUUGCAAGGGAAACGGUGGUCACCCGACUGCGAAAGCGACUCCGCCCAUAUGCCGAGACAGCGUCGCUAGGACGGUGCCGGGACUCCUCCGACCCCGACGAGGAAGAGCGGUUCUUGGUUCCCUUGACCGGUUCCACUCCUCGCCAGGCCGCCUUUGCCCUUUUUCUGAUGUACUUCAACCACUUAGGUAUCCUCUGUAAUGGCGUGCGUAUCACAGGAGAGGCAGUGGCCUCGUCGUGCGUUGAGGGGCUCGAUUGGGGCACCACGACGUGGGAUCUGUGCUCCAAGUGCCUCUACGACGUCCGCGCCGAGGUAGAGCGAAAGCGGCGCAUUACGAGGCAGCUGAGAGAACAACCCGAGCACAUCUUCGCUGGCGGCACUCGCUGGAGCACCACGGCAAGGAACCGCGACGCGGUGGCGGCAGCGUGGACAGCGCUGCUACUUUCGUCGCGAGAAGCCCUAUUGGAGCGCAUAAUGGAGCUUAACCGCCACAUACACAACCUCCACGAAGAAAAGCAGCGUCGGCGGCACACCGAGGAGCAGCAGUCUCUGUGCAGGCGACGAGUCGAAUAA